GAGCUGCCGACUUCUUCUUGCCUUCCUCCUUGCCGUCCUGCCCUCUCAACACGGCGACCUCGCAGCACUGGAGCCGUCCUAUCUUCCAUCCUUGAGCUUCUGCAAUCAGCUUGGAUGGUGGUGUCGUGUGCUACCUGUUAGAGGGCUCUGCAAGGCUCCAGUUUGUGUUUCAAAGAGACUCCUGCAUACAGUACAAGGCCAAAUCUCCAGCAGUUCUCAAUGUCGGCCGAAACUGUGCUGGAGCGUAUACUCAACCGAGAUGAGGAACCCAGGGAUCUGCCAUUAGCACUCUUGCAGCACAUCACAAAACAUUUCUGUGAGGAGAACAAAAUCGGUCAGGGUGGAUUCGGAGAGGUCUACAAGGGUGAACUCAGAAACGGGAUUGUUGUUGCUGUCAAGAGGAUUGAUGUUAAUCAAAUCACAAUUGAUGACGUAUCAUUUCGCCGUGAGUUUAAUAGCCUGAUGAACACCAACCAUCAAAAUGUUGUCCGGUUUCUUGGCUUUUGUUCUAAUACACAUCAUAUACCGAGAAAAGAGGCUAGAGAAAUUAACCUUGUCAACGUAAGAGAAAGAAUUCUCUGUUUUGAGUACAUCGGCAAUGGAAGUCUUGAUAAGCAUAUUACUGAUGAAUUAAGGGGGCUUGAAUGGGAACCACGGUAUGAAAUAAUCGCUGGAAUAUGCAAGGGUCUGCUUUAUCUUCAUGAGCAAAAAAAAAUUAUUCAUAUGGAUCUUAAACCACCAAAUAUAUUACUUGAUGAUCAUAAGGUUCCAAAAAUUACUGAUUUUGGGUUGUCAAGAUCAAACGACAAGUCGCACACUAUGGGUCAUCGUUUUGGAACAGCAGGAUAUAUCGCUCCAGAAUACGAGAAAGAUGGCAAAACUUCAUUUAAGUGUGACAUUUAUAGUCUGGGUGUCAUAAUCACAGAAUUAGCAACGGGGUGUAAGACCGUCCCUGAUAAAAAUAAU